AUGUAUAGUCUCAGCAGGGUUCUACACUCGCGUUUCGUCAGGGAUAGUAUGUCGAUGAAGUCGUGGUUGGCACAGCAUUCACGGGUCUGGUUUGCAGUGCUAAAACAAGUGGCCGCUUUGGUUGCGGUUGCAAAUACGAUGCAUGCAGCUGAUCAGCAAGCCGUCAGAGGAAGCGGCCGUAACAAGCUGUACCCUUAUCACGACAUCGCCACGCCGGCACGGAAAAGACUCGCCUCUACUGGCAAAUUGUCGUCGUGCGUCCCAACAUGGCGGCGUAUCCGUGAUUGCACUUAA